AUGAAGCUCUAUAUCGCCCUCAGCACCCUAAUUGCUCUAGCCCAGGGUUGCGUCACCUUGACAAUCAAGGAUGACUUCAAAGCCAACACAUACUCCUGGGCCAUUUGGAAAGACGGCAAGAGAGAGGUCUCUCGCGCCUUUGGUGGACAAAGACCCCCUAGUGUUGAUGCCAACGAUGGGACCAACUUUUGGUCUGUCAAUGUCUACCCGUACGACGACUUCUCUAAGAUGAGUGGCACUGUCACCAAGUACACAUCGGGAAAGCUGGCUUGGAAUCCUACUGUCAAGGUGCAGAACUUUCAGGACUUUGGAAAUGUUCGACGAAUGUGCGCGCAUGGAGGGGUGAACUGCGCUGGAAAACCAUGCAAUCUUCCAGCAUGA